AUGGGCCACGUGCCAGAGGACCGCAAGCAGGCGUGGAUCGACGCCUGGAGCAUCCGAACUAUGGAAGAGUCCGUGCGCAAGCUGUUUGCCCUCGUCAAGAACAAGCGCAAGAAAUGGGCCCAGGCAGCACGUGCAGCACGGGUUGCUGAGUUCCACGAAGAGGCAGAGGAGGAAGGGGAAGAGGAAGGAGAAGGACAAGAUGAGGAUGAAGGCGGGGAGGAUGAAGAUCACGAUGAUAGGAGUGAUUCUGAGCCCAAGCCGGACACAUCAAAGGAUCCGGUCAAUGGUGAAGAUGAUGAAAAUGAUGAAGGGGAGGAGGAGGCUGGGGACGAUGAAGCUGAGGACCCGGUGGUCGACGUUCCAAGCGAGCCGAUCUCUAUCGAGGAUAGCCCCGUGGCGAAGCCUUCCUCGAAGCCUACCUCGAAUCCCGCCUCGAAUCCCACCGUGAAUCCCACUGCGAACCCCACCGGAUCCCUUCCACCUCCCAUUCUUCGCCGUGCUCGCUCGAAGCGCACGGGCAAUCCUGACCAUGAGGUUGCAGGCGAUUUGGUGACGUCGCAGCAGCAGAAUGCUCUGCGAGCGCUUCGUCGCCCGGGGAAGCGUGGACCGAGGAAGCUUAAAGUGUCGCCCAAGAAAAAGGCGCAGGCGAAGGCGAAAGCCAAAGCCAAAGCCAAGGCCAAGGCAAAGGCUGCUACGAAGACGGCCGAGCUUAAAGUAUCGCCAAAGAAAAAGCCGAAGGCGAAGGCGAAAGCCAAAGCCAAGGCAGAGGCUGCUACGGAGACGGCCGACAAGGCUACGGGUGACGUGAAUAAAGCUGCAAAGGCCAAAUCAAAGUGCAAGGCCAAAGCCGCACCCAAGGGUAAGGCAAAGGCCUCGCCCAGUGCAUCGACCGAGGCUGUGGAUGGCAAGCUCAAGGGUCGCCGUGGCCAUGGUGAUGAGAAGAGCUCCACUAAGCCAGCGGAGCCGAUCGUGAAAGGCCGAGCACGUGGCGGUGCCAAGCAUGAUGGGAAGACUGCUGCCGAUUUCGGAAUUUUCCAUCGGGACCUGGGUUGCCCAAAGUGCCGCUGGAUCCAGCACGGCUGCGCAAACUGCCGCAAGCCUGAUUAUCAUCCACGUGCUCGAGCGGGGGCCUGA